AUGAAUGACCUACCCACUGCCAUCCCGAGGGGAUCGUGGAUUCUCGUCACAGGAGCAAACUGCUACACAGGUAGCCAUGUGGUUAUUGAGCUCCUGAAUCGAGGGUUCAAUGUGCGCGGCACGGUCAGAGAUCUCGAAUACAGCAAAUGGCUCCUUGAGCAUCCUUCGGUAAAGCCAUUUACCGACCAAGAUAAGGUGGAAUUGGUUCUUGCCGACACAUCAAAACCAGGAAAUUUCGACGAGGCAGUCAAGGGAGUCUCAGCUGUAGUUCAUAUCGGAAACAUUGGGGAGCAAACACCAGAUCCCAAUGUGGCUUUCCCAUCAGCCAUCGAGGCUGCUUUAACCGUUUGUCGAUCUGCUGCCAAGGAACCCGCCAUCAAGCGGUUUGUGCUCGCGUCAGGUCUUUGGUCAGCGGUAUGGGCAAGACCAGGGGAUUCAUCGACAAUCAAACAGGAAACCUGGAACGAAGAUCUAGUCAAAAUGGCGAAUUCGCCUCCGCCAUACGAAUUGACUCGAAUGCUUAUAACCUAUCUGGCUGCCCGAGUCGAAGCAGAAAAAGCGGUAUGGAAGUUUGUUCAAGACGAAAAACUUCCCUGGGUAGUCAAUUCUGUCAGCCCAUGUUGGACGCUGGGCGACCCAUUACAUGCGAGGCACUAUGCUCCGAUGCCGACUCAGCUGCUGCAGCAGUUAUAUCUUGGAAAGACAGAAGCACUUAAGGAGAACACGACAGUGUACUACACUCACGUGUCAGACGUGGCAGUCAUCUAUGUUGCUGCUGUUAUCGACCCUGACGUAAAGGGUACUCGCAUUCAAGCCCUUGCAAAAUCCUUCAAUUGGAACAAUGCGCUAGCAGUCAUGCGCGCAGCGUACCCCGAAGAAGAUUUUGAGGAAGAUUUCAUCGCUGGAGAUCCUACCUUGAUAUACAAGAUCGAGAACGACAUCGCGCCAGGACUGCUACAAAAAUGGGCUGGGAGAGAGUGGAUCAGUCUAGAGAAAGGCAUAACGGAAACGAUUGACUUUUCCCGAAAGAUUGGUAAUUUAGACUAG